AUGAGUGAUGAUGAGGAAGAAAACACCAACCAAAAUACUCAAUCACCACAAUGUAUUGUUCAUGUAGAUUUCAUAGGACAACGAGUCACCUUGCUCUGCAAAUUAUCGCCCAAUCUUGAUUGUGUGGCCGCAUCACUCAAUUUUAACCACUCAAUAUUGAGCAUAACAACAAGUAGAAUUUUGUACAAACAGACGAAUAACGGAGCUAGUUUAGUAGUAACGAAUAGUGAGAACAUUCCGAUACCUCAACCCGUUGCUAGCGUCGGAAAUGUACCCUCAGUCAACAGCUAUGAAAACAACAAUCACAAAUUCAAUGAGAGAUUUCAGAUUGUAUCCAAUUUAAAAUCAUUUUUGACAAUGGAAAAGGAGAAUGACCACAGCAGCAAUGGCGAAAAACUAUCACCUCGUAUGCCCAGUAUUACAUCUCAUUCAUCAUCUGAGGAACGGAUUGUCCUGUACGAGUCCUAUUUCAUUGAAGUUAAGUCAAAAUCUUCAAAACAAAACAAAUCACCUCAAACAUUAUUUAAAAAGACAGAAUUACCCCACUCUAUGCAAUUCAUUCAUAGCAACAGACUGAAAAAUGGAAAGAAUUAUUUCUUAUUUCUUUCAUCGGUCUCUAUUCAAAUAUUUUCAUUCACAGUUGAUGCUAAAACAGGAUCCAUGAAGGGGCCUCCUAAAGAAGCUCGAACAUUGUUUUCAAAAAGUUUACCAGAUGGAGAUACACCAACGUCUUUCUCGUCGUUAUUUUCAGGAAUAACCAACAAGCCUCCUCAAACGAAUGAAGAACAUGAAAUGAUUUGGUAUCAAUGGGAUGUGGACACUCACUUUUUAUAUUUUAUUGUACGAUCAUCCUUGAAUGCAAAUUUUUCAUUAGGAAAAACAAAUUUAAUAUUAUAUAGCUGGCAUAUCGACAUGGAAGAUCUGCAACAAAUUUACAAAUACCCAAUUUUGAAUCACUUACCUCCCGACCUCAUCCAUUUUGGCUCCAAAUAUUUCCCUGUUUCAAAAACAAUUGAUCCCUUUGCUGAUGCUCAUUUCAAAAUCAACACACUUACUCCCAAUUUUUUCAAUUCUUUUUUCUUAGAGGCAUCCACUAUUAGAAUGCAAAUAAUCAAGUUAGAAAACAACAGUGACAUUCUAUGCAUGCAAUACAAAGAUUUACGACCCAGUCUCCAACAGAAUUUGCUGAACGUGUAUAUAUACCAUUUUCGAGAAAGAAAAUGUCUCAAAAUUAAUCUUCAAUCCAAGUUCUAUCUUCUUAUUGGAAAAUAUAAGAGGGAUAAUUUAAUUCUUUUAUUACCGUCCAAGUAUUUACAACUUAUCAAGGGAACUACCUUAUCUACAAUAUUCCAAUUCAACAAAAAUCAGUUUAACCUAUCACUCCACAAUGAAAUUCCUGUCAAGUUAGACGAGCCGCAUCUUGUACCCGUUUUUGGUCAUAUUGAGGGUCAUUUCAUGAACUUGAAAAAUGGAUGCAUCUUUAAUUUUGAUUUGAUGAUUCCAUAUUUAACCAGCUCACAUUGGCUGCAAAUUCCUGAUCUCGUUAACGAUCAAUUUAUCCCUGUUUUAGAGUUUUUACUAUUGCAUUAUCCCAAAGAUAUUUCACUUCAAUUCCUGAGCUAUUUAUUUUACAGCAUGGAAAAAUCGCCUCACAAGAAAAACAUCCACUUUACCAAAUUAAUCUCGCUGGGAAUGAAAGAAUACAUCAUAGGUGCCUGCUAUCAAAAGGCAACUAUAAAGGCUAUGGAUCCAGAUUUCAUUGGUCUACUUCCCUCUAGCCGACAUAACUUUUAUGAGAGCGUUUUAGGAAUCACCUCGAGUAUUAUCAAAAAGAAACAACUCAACAAUAUGAACGGUGCCAUGAUGGACUCUCCUCGUACCCCGCCUCCUUCAAACUCACCUGUUGCCAGCCCCCAACAACAGUCUCUCAUAUUCACCAAUGCAUCAUAUGAAGAAUACUUGAGAUUAGCCAUUAUCUUCUUCAACAAAUCAGGCAAAAAUUGGAAUCACAAAAAGUGGGCUUCUGACUUUCAUGCUCUUUUGUUAGAUGAAAUGGAACUCUUAUUCGAAACAAUUAUGUCUCAAAAGAACGAAGAGGAGAAAUACUUCUUCAAACUAAUGGAAUGCUUUUUCACAUCACUCAUACUGGAUUUUCGGCUACCAUCUCCUGCCGAAUUUAGCUUGAACUUUGUAUUAUCUGGAUUCAAAGCUCUUGAGAGAGAUGUGUUUUACCAGUACUGCGACAAAGGAGUGUUCGAAAUCAACAAUCAAAUUAUUAGUGCUCUUUGUGACUCUGAACUUCUAUCAAAAGAGAACCACGAUGACGUUACAUGCUUGAAUUAUUUACUUAGAAUUACUACUGAUCCUGUGAAUACAUCGACUGUCAUUUCCUAUCUUGAAAAUGUUGAAGAAUGUCAGUUUGCAAUUUCUAACCAUUACCAUGCAUGUAUUUCUUCAAACAUGGAUGAUUGGGAUGUAGAUCUCAACCAAAACUCAUUGAAAAAGGUACUUAAAAAGAAACAACAAAAACAAGAGAAGAAAGAGAAAGAAAACAAAGAACGAGAACAUCAUAGCUUCAUUAGAGAUCAAAUUUUGAACAUUAUUGGAAAACAUGGAAGUUAUAGCUCAUCAUUUUCUGCUUCGUUUAGCAAUAUUAAUGGAGGAGGUUCAUUAGCACAAGAGUAUGGAUCUUUUAUUGAAGAUGCAAAAAGAGUUUCUGAAGUGGAUAUGGAUAGCGAAGAAAACAAUUCAGAAUGUAGUGAUGUCAGCGCAUUGUCUGUCUCUGCCACACAUACAACGUUUGCUCCUUUAGUGUCAUAUUUGCUUUCUAUCCAGAAACUAAGUUACAGCUCACCUGUUCCAAGCUCUGAUAAAUCACCACUGAGUGCUCAAGACGUUCUUUCAAAAUCCUCCUCGUCAGCAUUUGGACAACCUUUGACACCUGGUAAAGAGGAAGAAGAUGCCACACAAAUGAUUGCUGCUAAUCCGUUUAAUCUCUUCAUGAAAGAGCGAGAAUUCAUUCAAAGCGUUGCAACAGAACAAUACCUUAAAAGACACUUUUUUUGA